GACUUUUUAUAUGUCAAGAUGCAGAAAAUAGCUCUACAAAAAUGUUUAAACGUUCACAGUAAACAAAGCGUCGAAAUAUUUUGUUCGCAGCCUACAGUAGAAACUACAGGAAAACAGAAAUCAGAGCAUAGAUGCAGAAGGAGAGGCUCUCCUCUAACAAACGUCUAAAACAAACGUGAAGACCUCAGGUUAUAGGCCAGUCUUUCAACACACAGGAAGUCAUUUUAGGUUACUGCAGUGGGCUGCUCGACUCCGACAGUCAGACUUAAAGCAGACCAGGAGUUUUUAUGUGUAUAUGGGGGUGAUAGAAAAACUGUAGUCUUAUUUCUGUAACCAUUUCUGGACACCCACUGAUGCAGCUGUGCUUGUGGUACAACUCUUCUGAAAAGCCCCUUGUUAGCUGCAGAGAGAGGGAACAGCCAUGAGUCUGCUGUGAUAAUGGAUCGCGGCAGAGCAGACAGAAUCAGAGAUCAAAGAUGUGGUAACUACAACAGCAUCCUGGAGCCCGAGUAUGACGUGGUGGAUGACCAGGAGGAAGUGCUGAAUGUGCGCAUACUUCCUGCGAGGCCCAUAAACGAAGAAAGAGAGUAUGCAGACAGGGAUCUUCCAAGGUCAUUAUCAGCUCAGAGCCUUUCAUCACUCGCCAUUGGCAACUCGAACAUCCUCCCUAGAUGUCCACCCAGAGAAAUCCCACAUAUUACAGGACCUGCUGUAAAUAGAGAUCUGAAGCCUGGCAGAAGAAAGACCAGAUUAGUUAAGAGGCCUGCACCUGCGCUGCCAGUCGACCAGCACUCACAAAGGCGCUCUCCAUCACCUCCGCUGUCUACCCAGGAGUUAGUGAAUCACUUUGCUGGAUUGUCUCUACACAAACCCUGCAUGAGAGAUGGACAACUGAGGGCAGCUAAAAAAGGAGAAUUCAGUUCACAUGCCAUAGGUCCACAGAGUGCAGAAAGUAUCUCAGCCCAUUCCAAUCAAAGACAUUCUUUGGAUUUGGAGACUCAUACUUUACAAAUAAGGGCACAACAAAAUCUAGAAAGGGUGCCUUCAAAACGUCAUCACCAUGAGUGGCCUCAGACUAAAGAAGACUUUGACCAACAUGACUUUGUUCCAAAGGAAAAACCCCAACAGACCUCUUGUGAAGAGGACUGGUACGUUGGGGCUUGUACUAGGGCAGAUGCUGAGCACGCCUUACACCUGGUGAACAGGGAUGGGGCGUUUUUAGUCCGAGACUGCUCUGUCAACAGCAACAGCGAACCCUUGGUAUUGGCUGUGUAUCAUGAGAAGAAAGUUUACAAUGUAAAGAUUCGGUUCAUGCAGAGCACCAGCAAGUAUGCCCUGGGAACGGGACAGCGAUCAAAAGACAUGUUUGACUCUGUGGCAGACAUCAUCAAGUUUCACACCAUAUUCCCCAUAAUACUUGUCAGUGGGAGAAAUAUAUCCGCAAGCAAGUACCCAGAAAAUUGUGUGCUGACAUGUCCGGUAACGAGGAGGGAUGUGGACCAGCUCCUAGAGUAACAUAUGCACCAUUCAAGCAAAGACAAUCUGUUGAAUCACAUCUGGCUAAUCACAUACACUUAUGUAGCUACGUAUUCAAAACAUCCAUUAAAGUUCAUCAUGAGCAUAUUAGAUAAAAGCUGACUGUGUGUACAAGUUGUGAAAGUAUUUGCUUGCGCCAAUAAAAAAAAGUAUCAUUCCUUGA